AUGGUUGCCCUGAAAUCCAUCUUCCUUGCGCUUCUCCCCAUCGUUUCCCUGUGCGUGGAGGCCACGCAGGUUAUGCACCGGCCAGUCGACUUCAAAGACACGCCCAACUCGUUUAAGAUUGAGAAGGCGCCCCAGACGAAAGUAGUGCAGAAACGCGGGACGGGGAAAGUCCAGGUCGCGUACUUUACCAACUGGGGUAUUUAUGGGGCCAAUUUCCAACCGACUGAUAUUAUCCCUUCUACACUCACCCGUGAGUUUACUGGAUUCCUUGUCAGCCAAAGUACUCACAGAACAUUAGAUAUCCUAUACUCGUUUGCGGACGUGCAACCUGGCUCGGGAGCUAUUGUUCUGACAGACUCUUACGCCGAUCAAGAGAAACACUUCCCUACAGACUCCUGGGAUGAAGCCGGCAACAACCUCUAUGGAUGCCUGAAACAGCUGUACUUGCUCAAGUUAAAGAACCGUAAUCUCAAGGUCUUGUUGUCCAUUGGCGGUUGGACGUACUCGCAAUCAGGACACUUCUCAUUCGUGACAUCCGCCUCCAGCCGGGCAACAUUCGUGCAGAACGCAGUUCAACUGAUCGAAGACUACGGGUUUGACGGAAUUGAUCUAGAUUUCGAGUACCCCGCCACCGCCGCUGAGGGACAAGGGUUUGCAGACCUGUUUACUGCUCUCCGCACGGCGUUCGAUCAAUUGGCAGCCAGAAAGGGAGACGCCACCCCAUACCUCCUGAGUGCGGCCGUCUCUGCUGGACCUGCUAAUUACGCGAACUUGGUUGUACCUCAAAUGGAUAAGGCACUGAGCUUCUGGAAUUUGAUGGCUUACGACUACGCCGGGUCAUGGUUGUCAUUCGCUGAUAACCAGGCCAACCUCUACGGUGGUACCCGUACUGGGGUCAACACAGAUGACGCCGUCAAGUUCUUUACAUCCCACGGCGCCACCGCUUCCAAGAUUACCAUGGGCGAGUAUUCAAGCAUCCCUCUCUAUGGCCGUGCCUUCGAGAAUACCGCCGGCAUUGGCCAGUCUUACAGCGGAAUUGGCCCCGGAACAAUCGAAGCUGGUGUUUACUCGUACAAAGCUCUUCCACUUGCCGGUGCCACCGUCGUUGAGAACACUACUGAUGUGACGAGCUACUCAUACGAUGCCGCCAAGAAGGAACUCGUGUCCUACGAUACUCCUCGCAUCGUGACAAUGAAAGCUCAGUAUGUCGCCUCAAAGGGUCUCGCUGGUUCCAUGUUCUGGGAGCUUUCCACCGAUAAAGUUGGAUCCUCGUCACUGGUUGGCACGAGUGCAGGUGUUUACGGGAGCCUCGACACUACGCAGAACCAUAUCUCCUUCCCUAACAGCAAAUGGGACAACGUCCGCAGCAACAUGGGAUCCGGAGGAAGUACUCCCCCUUCGAGCACCACACCGGGUUCUCCGCCAAACCCGACCACAACCACGCCACCUGCAGGUGGAUGCGGAGGCGUUGCUGCAUGGAACUCAGCGGUCGUUUAUGUUGGAGGUUCGCAAGCUUCCUAUGCUGGUCAUCUUUGGACCGCGAAGUGGUGGACGCAGAACGAUACUCCUGGUGGUGCCGCUGGUGUGUGGACCGACAACGGAGCUUGCUGA